AUGAGGAAGCAAGAGAUCAUUAUCGUUCCUUCUCCAGGGCCUGGUCAUCUUCCAGUCACCAUUGAAUUCGCUAAAACGCUCAUCAAACGUGAUGAUCGCAUCCAUACCAUCACCAUCCUCCACUGGACACUACCUCUCGCUCCUCAGUCCAGUCUCUUCGCUAAAUCUCUCAUCGCUACACAGCCUCGAAUCCGUCUCUUUCCCUUGCCUGAAAUUCAAAACCCUCCGCCGUUGGAGCUCUUCUUCAAAGCCUCUGAGGCUUACAUUCUAGAGGCCACCAAGAAAACAGUUCCUCUAGUCAGGGGAGCUCUCUCCACUCUAACUUCUUCUCGUGAUGGAUCCGACCCGGUUCGGGUCGCUGGUUUGAUACUCGAUUUCUUCUGCGUCCCUUUGAUCGAAGUGGGAAACGAGUUUAACCUUCCUUCUUACAUUUUCAUGACGUGUAGUACUGGGUUUUUGGGGAUGAUGAAGUACCUACCUGAGAGACAUCGGAGAAUCGCCUCCAAGCUCGACCUGAGCUCCGGCGAAAGCGAGCAUGCCAUUCCCGGUUACGUCUGCUCCGUACCGACGAAGGUUAUGCCUCCUGGUCAAUUCGUGCGAGAGUCGUACGAGGCUUGGGUCGAGAUUGCUGAGAAGCUCCCUGAAGCCAAGGGGAUAUUGGUAAACUCCUUCACGUGUCUUGAGCAGAACGCAUUUGAUUACUUCGCUCGUCGUCCUGAGAACUACCCUCCGGUUUACCCGGUCGGACCGGUUCUCAGCUUGGAGGAUCGUCCGUCUACGGAUCCAUCUGACCGGGACGGAAUCAUGAGAUGGCUCGGGGAGCAGGCGGAGUCGUCGAUUGUGUACAUCUGCUUCGGGAGCUUGGGAAUCCUCGGAUCACCGCAGAUCAAGGAGAUAGCACGAGCCCUAGAUCUCUCCGGCCACAGGUUCCUUUGGUCGAUUCGAACAAAUCCGACGGAGAAAGUGAGCCCGUACGAUCUCUUGCCGGAGGGGUUCAGAGACCGGACGGCGGGUCAAGGAUUAGUGUGCGGAUGGGCCCCACAGGUGGAAGUGCUGGCUCAUAAGGCGAUCGGAGGGUUUGUGUCUCACUGCGGCUGGAACUCGGUGCUGGAGAGUUUGUGGUUCGGCGUACCGAUCGCCACGUGGCCAAUGUACGCUGAGCAACAGCUAAACGCGUUCACGAUGGUGAAGGAGUUAGGACUAGCUGUGGAUCUGCGUCUGGAUUACGUCUCGGCGUAUGGAGAGAUAGUGAAAGCCGACGAGAUCGCGGGAGCCAUACGAUCUCUGAUGGACGGUGAGGAUACGCCGAGGAAAAGAGUGAAGGAGAUGGCGGAGGCGGCGAGGAAGGCUUUGACGGACGGAGGAUCUUCGUUUGUUGGGGUUAAACGAUUCGUCCACGAGUUGAUCGGCGGUGAUUUUUAG